AACAGGAAGCAAGUAGUAUAGCAUUGACCAUGUCACCCAAGUGCUGCUCUUUUCUGUACACAUGGUCGAUAAAACAUUGUUCUUACAUGCACUUUAAGCAGCUGCACAUCAAGCACAAGCAGUAGCUCGCAUCUGUGGGACUGUUGAGCACAUCUGUCCUCUAGCACGUGAUCUGCUGCAGCACAGGACACUGUUACAUGUGUGUUAUGUCAUGGCUAUCUGAUGUUGAGGUAUGUGGAGUGUAUCCUGACGCCGGCCGUCCUCUGCCAUGUUCCGGCUCCGAUCGUUUCCAGCAUGUUCCCACAGACUGUUUCACAGCGGGGCCCUCAGCCGUGAUCAGGUGCUAGAGCAGCUCCAGACGUGCUCUGCUGAAGACCAGGUGUUCGAUGUGGUGGGCCGGAACAAAGCCAAGCUGUCCGCGAGCCAUGUGAGCUUUGCUAUUGGACGGCUGUGGAUGUUUCAAAGAGAGCGGCCACACAUGUUCAGGACAAUCGAGCAGGUCCGGAAUCACCCGCAGUUCCUGACGCUUCGAGUUCUGGCUGAAAACAAGAUCAGCCUUAUGGAUGACGCUUCAGUGGUGGAUAUGCUUUAUGCUGUGCUCCGGCUUCAAGUAGAACACCAUGACUCUCUUGUGCAGCAGCUGGUGACAGAGGCUUGGAACAGACUAGAGAGAUUCCAGAUGACGACACUUUCAAAGUUUGCUGUUUGUCUGAGCGAUCAGUUCCUGCAGCACAGCCCACUGAUGGGUCAGAUUACACAAAUAGUGAGUCAAAGACUGGACUCGAUUCAAGAUGCCAGAGUGCUCACACCCUUAAUGAAUAGUAUUUUUGCCCUGGUGUCGCCACAACUGCGGGAUGCACUGUUUGAAAAAGCGGACUCCCUUUUGGACAAAAUGACCCUAUUGCACUUCAACAACCCCAGAAGGGUUGUGCAGUUCAUCCGAAACGUCAAACAGAUUCACCGACCCCUCCUGGAGAAAUGCAACCAGCUUCUCCUGCAGAACGUCCCCCGGUUGGACGUAGAGCACAUCAGCAUCAUUCUGGGACUGUAUCACUCGAUGCAGUACAAUAACUGUGAUUUCCAGCUGGCUGUGAAACAGAGACUCAUGGAGCUGGUGGACACAUGCACUGAUCCUGCCACUUUCACCAAACUCUUUGCUUCUUUAGGACCAGUGGCAAGGCAAGGUGUCAGAGAGGGGAUGGCAGCAGUACUCUUGAGGAAUCUGGAGACGUAUAGGGCAGUGGAAAUCGCUCGAAUCACUCAAUCGCUCAUCGUGCUGCACUGCCAGAAUCCCGAGAUCUUCUCCAGACUGAAAGCCAAACUGCUGCAUUACCUGCUGGGCAGUGUGUAUCCAUACGAGGUGACCAUGCUAACCAGGGUUCUGUCCAUGCUUCCUUCUCCCCGUCCUGACGAGGCCGUCCUUUCCCGGGUGAACGCCAUGAUCCCGCAGUGCAACCUAAACGACCUCAACACUUACGCCACGGUCGUCGUCAAGUGGAUUCGCAACGAUCCCUCGUACCGGCACAACACCUCCAGCAAGUACGUCCGCCUGCUCCAGACCCUGAACCGCUGCAGUCGUGAGCGGCUACACAGCUUCGAGAGUCUGGACGUGGUGCUGGAGGAAGUGAAGUGUUUGUCGGGGGAGUGGUUUGAUGAGAUGCUGCUGGAAGAGUCUAUGGUCGCCAUGCAGAAACUGAUUGACCAAAUAUCCUGGACUAACGUGCAUGAGCUAGGCGUUUAUCUGACCAGGACUAACAACUACUGUGCCGCGCUGAUGGACCGCAUCGCUAGUGUGACUACUGAAAAUAUGGACAAGAUUCAUUACUCGGCAACCUAUUCCACUUUGCUGCCUUUCGCUGUGCUAAAUUAUGACCCACCGAAGGCGGAGGAGUUUUUUGAUGUGUGCAUUCGACAUUUCACUCCGUAUAGAAGUUCUUUUGACCCUCACCUGCUGGUUCUCUUGGCUUACGCACUGGCUUUGGCUGAUUAUUUCCCUGAGGAGGUGGUCCGAGAGAUCUUCAAUGUGGACUUUCUUGCAAAGUUGGAUGCCCAUCUGGAGACCUUUCCAGAUGCUCUAAACAUGCGCAUCCGUCUCCGUCUCAUGGAGCUGAAUCGGGCCGUGUGUCUGGAGUGUCCUGAGUUCCAGGUGCCCUGGUUUCAUGAGCGCUACUGUAAACAGCUGCAGAAGAGAGCCAACAGCUCCAUUAGUCCAGCUCAGCAGCAGAUCCAUAAGAUGCUUGGAGACGUCCUGGGUGGGAUGAACUGUGCCAAAGUAGGAGUGCUGACGCCAUACUUCUAUACUGUCGAUUUUGAACUUGUCCUGGAUCGCCAUCUUCAUCCGGUACCAUACAGCGAGCCCAGUCAGCUGCAGAUCAGUGAGAACGGAAACGUUCACUGGCAGUCCGGAUCGGAAGACAGAGAGAGGACGGCGCUGCUGCCCGGAGCUCGCCGCAUUGCCUUGGAUUUCCUGGACUCCAAAUCGUUCUGCAAAAAUUCCUGGCACAUGAAAGGAGAGGCCAUGAUGAAGAAAAGACAUCUGGAAAUUUUAGGAUAUCAUGUAUUACAGAUUCCUCACUUUGAAUGGAACUCAAUGGAGCUUUCCACAGAAGAUGCAUGGAAAGAAUAUCUGAGGAGGAAAAUAUUCUCAGAGUUACCCUGAGACAUUAUCUUGAAACAAUAGACAUCAGAUUGUCUAAGCUGCAAGAUUAGCACUGCAAGCUUAUUUUAAUUGCUCAUUUUGUAAUAAGUGAUAUUACUUACGUGACUUUUUUCGUUCACAAGGAAGAAAUGCAUAGCUGUUUGCCUUUAAAUAUGUAUUUAUUAUGCAUUUUAUAUAAAAGAAAAGAGGCGUUUAUGGAUAACAAAAAAAAGUAAAUUUAAUUUUGGCAUCCAUUGUAGAAAUGUUUUCCUCAACUACACCACAUUUCACAACAGAACCUAACAUGAAAUAUAAAUCUGUGGUCAUUUUUAGUCAACAUGAGACAUCAUUCGCUAUACAUUUUACUUCGUUAAAGAAGAGGGAUGAAUCAUUUGUAAAGAAAUUUGUUUUAGAGGUGGAGAAAGUUGCAAUUC